GGUUGGACUACGUUGCGCUACUCUCUGAGGCAAGUUGCCUGUUUGUGUGUCUAACUUCUCACAUCAAGUCGAUGUGUGCGGCGGAAGAAGACGGUUUGGACUUCUAAGGUGACCGCAGCAAGACUUCCAGACCAUCCUUUAGUUCAUUUCUGUCAAAUACAUUUUGUUUGUGCCAUGCGGUAACCCUGGAUAGUGGAGAAGCUGCAUCUUCCCAAAGCAGGUGAUUGUUUGCCGUGACCUCCAUGAUGAACGGGUACUCUGCUCCCACUUACCCCUCUAGUGGGUUUGGCUCCCACUCCUCCCAGCUAAAUGGCCAUGGUUCCCACUCCCCUGAGCUGCCACAGAGGAACGCCACCAAGUCCAGUGCUAAGGCUCUUUACGAACAAAGGAAGAACUACACGAAGAACAGUAUUAACAGCAUGACGGACACAUCACAGUACCAUGUGGAGCACCUGACCACGUUUGUGAUGGACCGUAAAGAGGCCAUGAUCACCAUCGAGGAUGGGAUCCGCAAGCUGCGGCUGCUGGACGCCAAAGGGAAGGUGUGGACCCAGGACAUGGUUCUCCAGGUGGACGAGAAGGCCGUCAGCCUCAUAGACGCAGAGACCAAGAACGAGCUGGAGAACUUCCCCAUGAGCACCAUCCAGCACUGCCAGGCAGUGAUGAGUGCCUGCAGCUACGACUCCAUCCUGGCCCUGGUGUGCAAGGAGUCCGGCCAGGGCAAGCCCGACCUGCACCUCUUCCAGUGCGACGACAUCAAGGCUAAUUUAAUCCAUGCUGAUAUCGACAGUGCCAUCAGUGACUUUAAGGGAGGGAAGGUGAAGAAGAGGCCAGAGGCUUUGAGGAUGAUCCUGAAAAGUGACGGGGGCAUCCCGCCACCCCCCGUGGACCCGGCGCCCGAACCCCCGGCAGGAAGCUCGCAGGUGGACGUGAAGAGCAGGGCGGCGGCCUGGUCAGCCUGGGCCAACGAGCAGCAGGAGUAUGAUCCACAGCAGCAGUACUCUGACCAGGACGAGCCGGCUGAGAUGUCCGCAGCACGUGUUGACCGGGACGUGCAAAUCUUGAACCACAUCCUGGACGAUAUUGAACACUUUGUCACUAAACUUCAGAAAGCAGCCGAAGCUUUCAACGAGCUCUCCAAGAGAAAGAAAUCGAAGAAGGGCAAAAAGAAGGGACCUGGAGAGGGAGUGCUAACACUGCGCUCUAAGCCGCCUGCACAGGAGGACUUUGUCGACUGCUUCCAGAAAUUCAAGUGCGCCUUCAACUUGCUGGCGAAGCUGAAAAACCACAUCUCCAACCCAAGUGCUGUGGAUCUGGUCCACUUCCUCUUCACACCCCUGAGAAUGGUGAUUCAGACCUCGGGGGGAGUAGACCUGGUCAAGACUGUGCUGGUCCCGCUCUUGACCCGAGAGGCCAUCGACUUCCUCCACGCAUCUGCCACUGCUGAGGAGAGACACCUGUGGGUCACCUUGGGAGACGGCUGGACCAAGUGCAGGCUGGAGUGGCCGAAGGACCAGUUCUUUCCGGCGUACACGCCGCGCUUCCGCGACGGCUGGGAGCCGCCGGUGCUGGCGUUCGUGGGGAGCUCGCGGGAGCAGGAGCUGAACCGGCUGGCCGAGACGCUGGCCCACGCCGAGAUCCAGAGGCAGGAGGAGGUGGCGCUCAGGCUGUCUCAAGAGCAACUCAAUAUUCAGGACUUUCCCUCUGCUGACGGGUACGCGUUUGGUAACACCGCCUACAAGAGCAGCAUACACCUGUUGGACCAGGACAUGGCCGUGGCGGCCUUUAAGCAGGCAGUCAGCCGCCACGUAGAUAGAAACUAUGAAGCUCACAGCAGAGGUCAGCCAAAAAACUUUGCCAAAUCUAAGUAUGACUUUGUGGCAAGAAACAACACCGAGCUCUCCGUGGUCAAGGAUGAGGUUGUGGAGGUGCUGGACGACAGGAAGCAGUGGUGGAAGGUGCGGAACGGUGCUGGGAUUUCUGGGUACGUGCCAAACAACAUCCUGGAGAUCUCCAGGGCGGUGGACGUGACGGGCCGAGGCGAGCCCAUCUACAGCCACACCAUCCAGAAGCAGAAGACGGACUACGUCCCCAAGCCGGUGGUGACCCCUGUUCCCCCGGCCCCGACGCCCCCUCCUCCUGCCCCGGCGCCCAUGAGGCUGCCCACUCCGCCGCUGCCCCCGCCCGCCUACGAGCCCCCGCGGGCAGCACCUAUCAGCAACCUGAGCCGGCAGAGCAGCAACUCGGGAUCCAGCGAGAACGGCAGCGUCACCAUGAGGGAGCAGCCGAAGGAGCGGCCUCCACCCGCCAACCCAUCUUGCUAUAGUGAAUGUGUGGUUGGUCCUGGUUCAGGGCGGAAGUCCAACAUGGAGGAGGUCCAGGACGAGCUGAUGCACCGGCUGACGCUGGGCCGGAGCGCCCAGAAGAAGUUCCAGGUUCCGCCGCGCAGCACCAGCCUGCCCGCCGUCAACAUCUCCUACGACUCCUCGCCCGAGCACGUCAAGUCCUGGCUGGAGGCCAAGGGCUUCAGCACGGUCACCAUCAACAGUCUGGGGGUGCUGACCGGUGCCCAGCUCUUCUCCCUCAACAAGGAGGAGCUGAGGACCGUCUGUCCCGACGACGGAGCCCGCGUCUUCAGCCAGGUCACGGUCCAGAAGGCCGCUCUGGAGAAGUCCUCUGGCUCUGAGCUGCAGGAGAUCAUGAGGAGGAGGCAGGAGAAGCUGGCGGCGGUGGCCAGUGACUCCGGCGUGGAGUCUUUCGACGAGAGCAGCAGUCACUGAGCCCCAUCUGGCCCCUCGCUCUCUCUCUCUCUCUCUCUCUCUCUCUCUCUCUCUCUCUCUCUCUCGCCCGCCCGCCUGCCGUACCCGACCAAACGAAAGAAGAAGGAGCGCAAAACAUUCACCUUGUUGCAUUGUCGUUUUCCAGGACGCCACCGAGCACGCCCAGUUCGCAGCGAUCAUGCGCAGACGCCAGGAGCUCCUGGAUCCAGAGCUCCUCUCCAGAUCAGCCGACACCGACACCGACAACGAACAGUGAGGGAAGGAAGGGAUGCGCGGUAUUCUGGGAAAUGUAGUUUUUUGACUCUAGGACAUUUUACAGUUGACACUCUCACUCUAUAUCAGAAAUCACUGUCAGGACAGUUGUUAAGACAGGGAGGUAGGAGCCCUGUCGAUAAAAAGCAGCAUAUUUUUACACAACUUUCUUGAGGAAAGUUCAUGUUUUGGGUUUAGAAUCCCUCUUAACAUUGCCUAGUCCACAUAAGAUGUGUUGUGUUGAUUUGACACUCGUGUACGCGCAAGGUUAAUUCAUUUCAAAUGCAUUGUAGGACUGACUUCUUCCCACAAUCCCCUUGUUGAUGUCUUCUUCUAUCAUCCUGCUCCUUGAGAGAUGAGCAUUGAACCUCAUCGCACACGACGACAUGCUGGGGAAUGGGGGCAAAUAAUCGAAUUGAGGUGUUGAAAAGAUUUGUGAAUAGUUGAUUCUGAGAGAUUCUAAUUCUAUACUACUAUUUCUUUGUUUUGUUCUUGUUCGCUGGCAAAGAGAGGACAUGAUAUUUAUAUACAUGAUCAUUUUGUACUUAAUUGUAAUGCCAAAAGAGUCUUUAUAUAACAAUGUAAUGGGUUGAUUUACGGAGGGACACCAGUUAAGUUUUUCCUCACUUGUCACUACACGUGAUUGCUUGAGCUAAGUUUCUUUUGGACACAUUUCAGGUAUAUUUGAUUGUAGAUUUGUCUUUAUUAUUAUUAAUAUAGAAGUGCACCUGGUACUUCUCACUAGGUAAAUAAGAUAGGACGGUGUUGUACACUAGGCGUUUUCUUUUGUUUUUGUUUUGUUUCGGUUGCUUCGUUCUAAAAAAAAAAAAAGCCGGGAUGUUCUUAAGCUUUGUCUUUUCUGCAGACAUUUGCACAUUGGUAGUGUUUCACUGCGAUCACCCCAAGACUGCAUGACUGACUGUACAAUCUACCUGAGAGAGUUCUAGAAGGUUCAUUUGUGCUCCACAGUGCGGUCCACCCCCCCCCCCCCCCCCAACACCCUCAACUCUGUCUUUGUGUACAUAUAUGGCCAAACCUACGUCACUUCCUUAGUCUUCCAUAGCCUCACUCCAUGAAAACCUGCACGGAUGACACAUUCCUCUUUUCUUAAUGAAUAGGUAUCAUUAUUGAAGGGUUAGGACGCUUAGAAACUGCCCUUUAAAUCUGCUGUAGUCAAUCAUUCUUUGUCCUGAAAUGCGAAGUGCAAAGAAUCUGCGCAUUUCUUUGAAGCAACAAAGCUUUCGAAGCAAGGCUGGGGAGAUUUAAUGUCUUAAUGAAGUUGGAAGGACAGAUGUAUUGUAAAAGCCUGUGUGUGUCUGUGUGUCUGUGUGUCUGUGUGUGUGUGUGUGUGUGUGUGUGUGUGUGUGUGUGUGUGUGUGGACUGACUGUGUGUGUGUGUGUGUGUGUGUGGGUGGCCAGGUCAUCCUCUGAAUGACUGCAUGGUUAAGAGGUUGGCAAUCAAGUGGAUCAGUGAGGGAGAAAGCAUUAUAGGAGGACUUGUCAUAGCACUUGUCUCUGUAAUCAGUAAUGUGGACUGGUAGUAACUCUGUUGCAUUGGGAGAUGAAGGAAAAUCCAUUUUUUGGGGGCUUACUCGGUCAAGACUGUACCAGGAUCAGUGUAGUGGAUACAAACUGUAAAGGGAGUCUUGGCAGACCGCUGCUCAGGGUGGCAUAUUGUAAAGGUGAUGAUGCAGGGGAGAACUUCUUGAGCGAUGUUGCCACACAAUCACACUUCGUCUAGGAGUGCAGUGUUUUCUAAUUGGACGCGGGGACCGUGAGUCGGCCACAGAUGAUUUUAAAAAAGAGUCACUUCCUCAAUAUCACUGGGAAAGUGCUCCGAGCAUGGGCUCACAAACAAAGCCUGACCACAUUGCUCAAAAGAGUUGCCCUUCGUUUCAUCACUUCAGUGGUUUGGUGUGAGUGAAAUGGUGAUGUACAGCAGGACAGUUGUGGCAGUUGGAAAUGUGACCACUAGACGGAACGGGUUGUAUUUAAGUAAAUAUGUAAAAAAAAGAAGAAAAAAAAUGCCUGCACAUCAAAAUUUAUAGUGCUCAAUGCAGUACUUUUGUGGCUUAAGCGUUUUUGGGUUUUUUUUUCUCACACAGAAAAGACAUGUGUUCAGGUUUGGCUCUGUAGACUGUCAAAGCAUGGACUUCACCAGUUGACAAAAUGACCGUUUUGUGAAUCUGUUUGAAUGAAAAAUCAUACUAUCAUCAUACACCUCAGCAUAUAAGGACACGUAGCGCAUCAUCACCAUGCAUAUAUUAAUAAUAUAAAUUACACAUGCUUCGUUACUGUGAAGGACCCAACUUUUCAGGCCAGGCUGUGUUGUAUCUAAAUGUAUGUGACUCUUAAGUACAAACUGCUAGGAUAAAGAAUGGACUACUUUAUUUUAUAUAUUUUUUGUCUUUGAGUUACACAUUAUAAAUUACCAAUUGUCUAUUGAUGGAUUAGCUGGUUCGUCUGUCCUCGAAAAAAACAAAUGUGCACUUGCAAAAUGUUCCAUGUGAAACAAGGUAACGUGUAUGUGCUAGGUCGGGGCUAGCUUAGGACGAUUUUGAUCUUCUCACUGUAAAUGAGUAGUUUUCAUGGUGCCUUUUUCACAUGAUGGCUAAUUCCGCAAUAAACAGUAUUGAAAAGAUG